AUGAGAUUCAUUCAUGUAGUUAGACGUAGCAAUCUACGCUACAUGUCGACGUAUCGAAAGGAAACAGAUUCUUUCGGCGAGAUCAAAGUUCCCGAUAAUUUAUACUACGGAGCAAACACUGCCCGAUCUCUUAUCAACUUUAAUAUUGGUGGAAAAUCUGAAAGAAUGCCUAUUCUUGAAAAUAAAGUCGACUGGGCUAAUUUUCCUCUUGUUAUAUGGCAGACAGGAUCAGGGACACAAACAAAUAUGAAUGUGAAUGAGGUCAUUUCGAAUUUGGCGAUUGAGAGACUUGGUGGAAAGAUCGGGUCUAAAAAUCCAGUCCACCCGAAUGAUCACGUUAACAUGGGACAAGACGCAGUACCUCUCACUCUUGGACAAGAAUUUGGAGCCUAUGCACAUCAGAUUAAUAAUUCUAUUUUAAGAAUUCAGGAUACAAUGCCUAGACUGCUACAACUCGCUAUUGGUGGAACUGCGGUUGGUACGGGACUUAACACAACCAAAGGAUUUGCCCAGAAAGUAGCCCGUCAGAUAUCGCUUGAAACUAGUUUCAAACCUCAAUUAUUCGUAGAGCUUGAUUUUAUCAGCGGGGAGAAUAAAUUUGAAGGACUCGCUGCUCAUGACGCUAUGGUGGAGACACAUGGAGCUCUCAACACAAUUUCAUGCAGUCUAAUGAAGAUUGCGAAUGAUUUGAGACUUUUAGGAUCCGGUCCCCGUUGUGGACUGGGAGAACUAAGUUUGCCUGAAAACGAGCCAGGAUCAUCAAUAAUGCCAGUAAAUCCAACCCAGUGUGAGGCCAUGACUAUGGUGGCAGCACAAGUCAUGGGGAAUAACGUGGCUGUUACUUUUGGAGGCAGUUGUGGCCAUUUGCAACUGAAUGUGUUCAAACCGAUGAUUGUUUCCAACGUUCUUCAGUCUAUUUCACUAAUUGGUAACUUUUCUGUAUUUAUUUGA